AUGUCUUCAGCAGAGAAGAAACGUUUGAGAGAUCGCCGGUCGCAGCAGAAUUUCCGUAACAAGAAAUCGCAACACAUAUCUAAGCUUGAAAAACAGGUGGCCCAUUGCGAGAACAACCAUAGCGACCAAGGAGUCCAACGACUUUUCCAGGUAAUCGCUGGACUUCGCAGGGAGAAUGAGACUCUUCGGAGUCGCCAGGAUGGAUUGAAAUAUCUCAUCAACUCAUGGAGCGCGGAACCGGAUACGGGCACGGCAGAUCUUUCCAGUGAAGACUAUCUCUCUUUCUCCAAGGGUUUGAGCCCUCAGUUCUCGUUUCAGCCAGACUUUCAUGAUUCGGUAUCAUCGAAUGCAAAUGCUCUCCCGAAUACCAUCAAUAAAUUGCUGUCUGCUUCAGCUAUGACGACCCCACCCUCACAAGCGCACUCCCCAUCGUCAGAGUUGCUCCCACCAGGAACCACACUCUGGAACCAAAUUCCACCACACAGUGAUGAUCUUUCAAACCCGCAGUCGAUAUUUUCUUGUUUAUGGUUCCUCUAUCCGGAACAGAUAACACCCUGUCCGGACACUCUCGGCUCUCCUCUCGACAUCCUUUACGGGACCAAAGAAAAUGCGUUGGCAGACAUGAUUCACUCAGCCCUGCAAAGGCGACCAAUUCGGGAUCCAGAACGUUUAAGCAUUGGUUGGUUAAGCUACCAUCUCUCUAGAUGGUUCUUGCGACCCAGUCCGGAGACUUACGAGCGUCUUCCUCUUUUCCUAAGGCCCGUCCAGGGCCAGAUGGAAGUGAGGCAUCCUUUGGUAUUGGAUUUUUUGCCAUGGCCAAGAUUAAGAUUGAAUCUCAUCCGCCGGUGGCAUUUUUAUUGCAGCAAUCGUGAGGAUUUGUUCGGCAUGUUUGCCUGCUGUACCAAGAUUCGCUGGCCUUGGGGGGAGGAUAUCCUUGAGAGAGAUGAUAGAAAUGAGUUGCGUAUUAAGAAGAGGUUCUUCGAUACAUUUAUGAGUCAGAGUGGAUGGGGACUUACACCGGAGUUUAUAAGAAGGUACCCCGAUCUCGUGGAGGGGAUGGAUAUUCGUGAGAUUGAAUUUGCGCUCGUAUGA